AAAAAUUGACCAAGGCGAUGCUGUGGGCAAAAACAAAUGGCCUACGCGCUCUUCAAUUUCCCAUUUGCGCAGUUUCUCUUCCAUUUAUUCAUUGUAGUAGUACCAUAGCCACCACAACAGCAAAACCAAACCCAAACACAAACACAAACACGAAAGAGAAACUGAGAAAGAUGGUGACUUUAAUGGUGGCUACGAGUAUUGAUCCAGCCUCCAUCAACCCAGCAAAUGCUCUCCUAGCCAUGCCCGGAUGGAACUCCGGCCCUCCCUUUCAGGAUAUGAAAAGCUUCGCUAAUGGAGGAGUGAGGGUGGUAAUACACGGAGAGAGCAUAGUGAAAGAGGAUAACUUGGACAGCCGCUGGGAGGAGGCUACCGGUGAGGUCGUCGACGAAGUCAUCUUCUUUAGCAAACACACCGCCGUUUCCAACCGACCAGCUCUCACCGUCCACCCCAUUGGGGUUCCCCAUUUGAGAGAAGGGGAUGUUCCGCCUCAGGGUGGGAAGCCUGGAUGGGCUGCACCGCCAAGUCCUCGAAUAGGGCCGUGGCUCAGACUUUUGAAGAAAAUUGCAGAAUCUCAUAAUCUAGUUCCUGAGUUUGAGAUUACUUUGGAGGGUACUCAUCAUGGACCAGUGACAAAUAAGCCUACUAUGUUUCUGGAGAUUGGUAGUACAGAAGAUUACUGGAAGAGGCAGGAUGCAGCUCAAGUUAUGGCUCUACUAGUGUGGGAGGGACUUGGACUUGGAGGGGGAGCUGCUGUGGGGAACUGGAGCAGGGACAGUGAUAAGAACAAAGUCCUUCUUGGAAUAGGCGGUGGGCAUUACGCACCUCGGCACAUGGACAUUGUUCUCAAAGAUGGUGUUUGGGUGGGCCAUCUACUCUCAGGAUAUUCUAUACCAAUGGAAGAUCCAGCCCAGUCAAAAGGAGAGGGUAAUGCAAAAGUUAUCAAUGGGACAUGGAGAGAAGCAAUCAAAGCUGCCUUUGAGGCUACAAGAGUGGCCUUCCCUGGUGGAGAAAUUCUAGCCCAUCUUGAUCAAAAGAGUUUCAAGAGCUGGCAAAAGAAUGCAAUUAUAAGUUUCUUAGGCGAGCAGAACAUUAAAAUUGGAAAGCCAAAUGAUUUCUACUGAACUGAUCAAUAGCAUUUUUCUGCUUUCGAUAUUUAGAUGCAAGUAUAGUCUAUUGGCAGAGGAUUGACUAUGGUUAACAGAAUAAAGAUCCCUGUUAGGCACACCGCACACUCAACAGAUUUAUUUACGUCCUCAGCAAGGUUAUCUAUGCUCAUCAAUGUAGCUAAAGGAUGGGAAGGAAGACCGAUAGAACUCUGUAAAGAUGAAUAUAAGCAUUGCCAAUGCUUCUCAUCUACAUAUUUAUCGCCAAUUUUGCAUGUCAUUUGGCUUUGUAUUGCUACCGGGAAUGAUUUUUAUAAAGUUGUAUUAGUGAAGUAAUACCAGAAUAUAUGGAGGCUGCUUAGUUAUUAGUUAA